CCCGCUGGGGACCCAGGAUAGAGAGAAAGGGAGAGCGAGAAUGUGUGUGUGCGUGUGUGCCACUUUAAAUAUAGCGUCGGUGCUCGCUCCCGGAGAUGGUGCCUGCCCGAACGACGAAGCAUGUGCCCAUACGCGUGACCUAGAGAAGGGGGCGUCGGCGCCAGCAGCGACAUCACUUUGGCCAUGGUACGCACUGCUCAGCUGUGGGAGUGGAGUCUGCAUAGAACCACCACCAGCGCCAGUAGCAGCCGCCAUGCUUUGCCCGAUGGACGAUGGCCUAGUGCACAAGACGUGUUGCACGCUCCGACCACGCGUCUGCACGGCUACGCGACCGCUCAUGUGCCAAACGCUCUUCCCUCCUGGGCCAACUUCAAUGCUUUCGCAGACGGCCCGCAAGACACGCGAACUCACGCAGGCUACGAAAGCGAACAGCAGGAGAAGGAGCUAGAGGACGGCGCUGUUGCCGGCGCGGCCCAGCAGCACGCAACAGAAAAGCAGCCUGCAAACGGCACAGCGCUAGGCACGCAGCGAGCCUGUGCUCGCGGCGCCGAAGAACAGCAUCCCACCACUCAACCGGCCCUUCCCGCUGAGGCAAAUGAACAUGCAGCGUCCGGCGCAGCGUCGUUCGACGCUGCUGCCGUCCAAGCUGGCGGCGCGAAUGCCUCUUUCACUUCUGCUUCCACCUCUAGGCGACGCGUCAAUAGCCGCUUAAACGCUGUAGAGAAACGCGCCUUUGCGCGCUUGCUCAAGCUGAGCGGCUUUGUCGGUGAAGCGCCAUCAGAAGCAGCGAGUACUGACGCAGGCGCGCAGGGCGGCACGCAAGAAUCCAUCGUGCCCUCCAGCUUCCCCGAAGAACAAGAGGAGGACUCUGUCAGGCCGCUGCAACCAGCUGCACAGCACUCUGGUGACGCUCAUCAGAUGGACGCAGGUCGGCCUGGCCCAACCGAUCCGGCGCGCGCGGAGAGGCUCUUCGUGACGCUUGCAGCCAACAUGCUACCCGAGCGCGAUGUUGAGUGGCUCCAGGACGUCGCAAAGGGUUCGUGGCUCGAUUCAUCGGGAAACAUCCACCUAGCGCCUCAAGCGCUCCUCACGCCACCUCCAUCUCGGCAUUCGUAUCUUCCGAUUGAACACGCUGACAGCGCAUCGGCAGCGCAACAACAGCAGCAGCAGCAUGCUCGCCCUCCGACGCGCGCCGCGUGCCUGCAGAUCGCGAAUGAUGCGCAUGGCUCUGGGCGCGCCGCGCCCACUCACGCACUCUUGCCCUUCCCGGAGCACUGGCGCCGCCGCGAGCCGAGCACGGCGCAGCUCGCACGCCGCGCUGACGCGCGCAAGGCCCGCGAGCGCAAGGCGCGCGCACAGCGUUUCCGCGACCACAUCCUUGGCCGGCUGUGGGGCUCGUCGCAGCCACGGCUAGCCCAACCGCAGGAGGAGACUGUGUCGACGCCGGCGCCGAGGAAGAAGAAGCAGAGCAGAGCGCGGUCUGCUGUGGCCGCGAGCGGACGCGUCGCACAGCAGAGGCGGCGUCGUCGACAACAACAGCAGCAGCAACAGCAGCAGCGGCAGCGACAGCUAGCGCAAGGCAACGUAAAGAGCCGACGCAGCAGCAGCAGCUUUUCCGAGUCGCCCCCGCUCGCUAAAUCACAGUCGCCGACGAAGAGCCUUAGCCACUUGCGUGCGAGCGGUGUAAGCGCAAGCGCGGGCCCGGGCCCGGGCUCUCUCUGGGCCAAAUUCGUCGGGACGCUCGCGUGGGGACGCAGGCUUGCGAAUGUGCGCGCGCAGACGCAAAAGCCUGUAAGGAAAGGUGCUGCUGCUACCGCGAGCAGCAAGCGCCGCGACUCUGCACGCAACAAGAGGAACGCGGCAUCCAGUGCCGAGCCAUUGACGACCCGGUCCGACAAGUGCAGGCGCAUCGGCUCCGAUAACGAGUCGGGCUACGAGGCCGAUGCAGUGCACAGUGUCUCUUCAGCUGAUGCCGUGCCCAUGGUGUCCGAGCACACUGAGGCAGAUAGUGCUCUAAUGACAGCGUUUGGAGCGUCAGCACGAGCACAAGCAAGUCGGACAACCAUGACAUCGCGCGAUGGCGUCUCUCCGCGCCGAGCUGUAGGCGGAGAAGCAAGAGUGAAAGGACGGUCGGCCGCCUCCAUGAAUCGAGAUCACGACAGUCUGCGAAGGGCAACGCGGGAGCGCAGAUCUGCUCCUGCUCGGCCAUGGUGGAUGGUGCAGCAUGAGCAUGAGGACGAGAAUGAGGAUCCGGACGGCAAGUACGCCAGUCCCGCUUCUCCACCUACAGUGCUAUCGCUAUCAAAUCAGCGCAGCGCCCCAGGUGCACAUUCGACCGAAGCCCAAUCAGGCUCUGGACGAAGCCAGCCGCAAGCAGGGGAUGUCCUUGACGAUGCGGACCGCCGGCAGCACGGCGGUCCGCGCAUCUGCCUGCGGAGGGAGGCGACGAAGAAGGCUCUGCUGUCAGGCGCAAUGCGCUUGUCGGAUGCUUCACGCUCAGAAGAAGACGAUGCGGUGCUCACGGCUAGAGAUGGCAGGCAGAGUGAAGGAGUACGCCGGGCUGGAGAUGGGCACGGAGACGAAUGCGGAGCACAGAAAUGGCAGGACUCCGGUACAGCAGAGAGUUAUCAUCGUGCUGAGACUCAUACAAAAUCUUCAAAGGCUCACUCGUGCGUACCUGAUGCGGGUCUGCGCAACGAGGAUAACCAUGGUGCGAACGAGCAUGCGCGGGCAUCGCUACAGAGGCCACAGCGACGCGAGGCUUUGGCGCCAGUCUCGACGAAAAGACCAAGGAACCUGCAGCUGUCCAAAGCUUCGACUUCUGCUGCUGCUGCUUCUGACGAAGCCAACGCUGCUGCUUCCACAUCUACCAACACCUCGAAGCGUACCGCUGGACGUGCACAAUAUGAGCCUACAACGACCGGACGAAAGAACGCAUCUCCAGUGCCUCGUAGCUCUACGAAGGCGCAGCCUGACCUGCGCCAUAUUUCUGCGCUGCGCAAGCCGGACGCUCCGCCAGCUACCAAGCGGGCUCGGGUAAGCUUCGCUGGGUUCGAUCCUCCCGCUGCUGCUGCAGUCCGUCGGCCAGCGACUACCAAUGGUUCAGACGCCGACGCCCUCCGUGGUCCUCGGGAUCCCGGACCUCAGUUAAGAACUCAAGAAGCGAGCAGUGCCUCCGAAGAUGAGUUCGAUUCCCUCCUCCUAGAGCCGCUCGCCGAUCUGCAGACCCCGCGCAAAGGAAGUGACCCGCAGCUCGCUGGGCAGAUGUCGAGGAACUCACUGCCCAGUGAAGGAGGUGCAGUCGCAGGCGCGAGUGUAGUCACAGGCUUGGAGCAUACGCUCAUGCAAUUUGCACUGCGACCGGACGCCAUGGCGUUGCUCGUGCUCAUGCGCCAGCUCGCAGACGUCAGCGUCAACGGCAGCCACACGGCCACGGGCGAGCGCAUGUCGCGCCAAGCGCUGCUUUCAAGGCUGCGCGCGAUCGCGGCCGUCUUGGAUGGUUAUCCCGAGGAGGUGCAGCUUCCCUGUCCCGGCAAAGAACGGCUGGCAACACCGGACCCUGCACCAGUUUGCAGAUCUCCCAAUCCCGCGGCUUCUUCCUGCGCUCCGCCGCCUCAGCGAGCAGGUGUGCGUACUGUCCACCCUCUAAGAACGAAGAAAAUUGCAUCGUGUCCUUCAAAAGGUUCUGCUCUUCCCGCACGCAAAAGAAUCCGAGGGGUAACGCUGCAAUUGCAAACGAAAUCCAAGCCACAAGCAGGCUCCAUGGAAGAGAAAGAAGUCACCGCCACUUCUCUUACUCGUGUGCCGGCUGCAAAUCUCAAGGACAACGAGACGCCGACGUCGGCAGAAUCUCCAGCUCGGCCCAAGGGUCCAUUCGCUUCGGGAAGGGGGAAAGCGAACGCGGUCCCCAUGCAGCUCGCCCCUGCUCCUGAACGCUUGCGGCGCGGGGCUGCUCUCAAGGCUGCUGCAAUGACCAGCAAGCUGUUCCACGAUCCUUGGCAACUGAUGGAGGCGCGUAUUGCAGCAGCAGCAGCAGCAACAGCAACAGCAACAGCAGCUUCCACUUCACCGACACGCAGAGAGCCCAAGUCACUUACCCCCGCUGAAUGCUCGCCCUUGUGCAAGGCCUUGCCGUCCGCCGCUACCAACAUCCUACAUUCGAGCACGCCGCUUGAUGCAGCAUCACAGAGCGAACCUGUGGGCGACGCGCGAAACGAAUCGGCGCGGGAGCGAUCUCCGUCUCCGAGCGAAAGGCCGACGGCUCCCCUGCUUGCAUUCACUCCUGACUUACCCAGUGAGGAGCUCAUGGAGCCCAGCUUCUACACAGACUUGCCCAGGACGAGGUCACAGCCUUCCGGCUUGACGCACGAUACUCAUUGAAUGAUAAAUGCUCAUGCAAUUUCGAUGGACUGUGCUGUUGCAAACUAUUUUCGGGGUAUCUAAGAGAGU